AUGCGAGUGUCCAAGCAGGUUUUCGUGAAGUUUAACAUUGGGAGAUAUGAGGAUGAGUUGGUGUGUGACUUGGUUCCUAUGCAAGCUGCCCAUCUUAUUCUUGGAAGACCUUGGCAAUUUGAUCGCGAGGUUACUUAUGAAGGUCAUUCCAACAAAUACUCGUUCAUGCAUAAAGGGACAAGGGCCAUACUUGUUCCACUCUCACCUACACAAGUUCGAGAGGACCAAAAUGUUUUACAGAGGGAAUGGGGGUUGGAUCGAUUAGAAGGCAAGGAAAAGAAAGGGCGAACAUUGAUCAUGCUCGCUAAACCUGAGGACAACAUCGGGCACUGGGAGCUGGAUCGUUCCACCUUUGUGGUAUUUAACGUGUUUUCAUUUGUGCAGGUUGUUCGUGGUCAGAUAUCCUUCAUCUUGCAGUGUGCAAUACCCGCAACCAUAGAGAUCUGCGAAGAGAGUGCUGGUCAAGUAAUUCCAACCAACACUAGUCGAGUUACAUUGGCCUUUGAUGCAGUUUUUGCACAUCUUGAUGUGUACAACUCGCAGCCCAACCAAACCUUGGUUCACGCGGGCGUCCGCUCACGAUCCACCCAUAGGGUUGAGACGUCGCUUGUGUGA